CCCUCCUCUUAGGGUUGUCCGCCGCGUUGCCUGAUAGAAAUUGAUCCCGUCAUGGCGGACGCUCCGCUGGGUACUGAGCUCUGCCCGCAUUGCCGGCGGCCCUUCAAGCGGCUCCGCUCUCACCUCCCGCACUGCAAGGCCGCACCAGGCCGGGAAACUGAGACAACCGGGCGGUGGGAGGGGUUGGCAGCGGAGGUGAAGGGUGAGGAGGUAUUAAGGAAGAGGAGGAAGCAACAGAAGCAGCAGCAGGCCGCUGUCCGGCCUCGUGUGGAGGUGGAGGCCGAGGCCCGCGAUGUGGCUCAAUGCCUCGACCUGCUGCCCGAGGAGGUGGAGGGUGUCCCUGAGAAACUUCGGGAUGGGGUGAAAAUAGUGAUAGAGAAUCACCGUGUCAAGGUGCUGAGGGACAGGAACGGCCCCAAGGCUGGGAGACAACGCGAGGAAGGUCAUAAAGGGUUAAAAUCAACCGGGCCAGAGGGAAGAAACACCCCAAAAUCAGCACACACUGUUAUACCUGACCACAGAGCUCCCAGCUCAAAGGGAGGAAAAGACACUGCUUUAAAUGGUGUUAAAACACGAGGGCUGCGUGGUCCCCCUGAAGCUGAGAGCACAAGGAGCCCCCCUGACCUCGCUCAGCAAGAGGGAACAGACAAAAGGCUGGUGGAAGAGAAGCAGGUGUACACGGGAUCUGCUGUGGAAUACAAAGCCCCUAUUGCUGUUUUGCACGCCCAUCUGGCAGCAAGGGAGGAUUGGAGAGGUCACAAAGAAUGGACAUCCAAAAAUGACCUAACCGACACGCAAAUGCUCAGUGUGAACAAGAAGCAGAUGGCCGUCGUUUCCGAACCCAUCUUGAAUGCAGGGAGGGACAGCAGGCUGGCUCUGGACCAUUCCUUGCUCCACACCUCCAAAAGCCAACCCAUCUGUCUCCCCCAGGCCUCUGGCAGAAGCACACAGUCAGGUGCUGUGGGUUUGGAGUGGUUUCCAGACUUACAUUCUAAUUACCACAGUCUGAGCAUGUUUCCUGGGAAGUCUUUUCAGGAUGAUGUGGGGAUCACAAUGAAGACACCAAAGGGCAAUUUCUCAGAAGGACAUCAAGGUCCUCUCUCAGAAAGGCACCUGAUGGAUGUAAGGCUGGGGGAGCUCCCCAUGUGGCUCACAACCUGUGAUUUCUCUCCUCGGGGACUGCUUGGAGGAGUGCAGAAAGUCUGGAGCAGUUAUUACAACAAAUACAUCAACGUGAAGAGGGGUGGAGCAGCUGGGAUCUCCAUGCUCCUCGCUGGAUACUGCGUCCUCAGCUACAGCUGGAACUAUCAGCACAUCAAGUGUAAUCGUUGGCGUAAGUACCACUGAAGAAGCUGCAACAGCACCUGGGAAAAGACUGGUAAAUGUUUGACAGAGUCAGCACAAGCUCCUGGGACCAACAGGGUUUGAAUCCUUGGUGAAACAGCAGAGGCCCAUUUCCUGUCAGAGACAGGCUCUUCAAGUUGUUGAUAGUGGAAGGAUGCUUUUCAACUACCCUCCUGCAGAUAGAGGGGGAAUCGCUGCCAGCCUGCAGUCACUGCUCUGUGAGUCAGUGUUUAGUAUUGAAAGAUGAGAAGGUGUUAAGGCAGCUGUUAAGGCAGCUCCUCAGGUCUGAAGGCAGUAGAUUUCCUGUAAUACUUAGAAAAGUAUGUGGUGGAUCAUUAUAGAGAGGGGUUAAUAAAUAACCAGAAUAGCUAUUGCCUUAAGUUAUCAGAGCUGUACCUAGCACUGGGCACCUUUUACUUUCUUCUCUCCACAAUAAGAUUAUGUUUGUAGUUAACUUGUGAAAGGAGGGUGAUCCCUGCGGAGCCCUUCUACAAAGGGGCUCCUGCUUCCCUUAAACACUGCCUAUGGGUCUACCUGGGCUCUGAAGCAGCCACAGGAAGGAUCUUUGUGGAUGUUUUAAAGCAGCAGCACUGAGAACACAGUGCCCUAUUUCUGGAGGAAGAAAAUCCAUUGGAUUAGCUGUUGUGCCCAAAGGGCAAACUGACAUCAGACAAAUGAGGACAGUUAUGAGAGUGCUAGUUGUAGCCUGCCAUCCUCAAAUGUGUCUGGAAAAGGGUUGGUCACAUUACAGACACAAAAGAAGGCAAAGGAAAAGUGAACUCUUUAUUCUAAGUGAGGUGCAGAAUUACUGUGUCAGAGGUGUUUCACCAAGAACUCCCAUCUUACCAGCAAUAAAAUCCUCAUGAAUUUUUCUUU